AUGUUCACAAAAAUUUUUGCCUUUUGCGGGAUUGUAGCAGCGUGCCAAGCCGGUUUGCAGCGCGUUCCUCUGCACUACGCUUCGAGUGCCGCGGUUUCCUCACAGAACAUCGUACGACAGGACCAGUCUACGCAACACGUAGCCGUCGCCGCUCCCUUGGCCUACCAGUCCGCUCCCAUUACCUUCCAAGCUGCUCCUACUCGUUAUUCUUCUGCAGCAGCUGUCUCCUCUCAGAAUAUUGUGCGUCAAGAUCAGCCUAUUCAACAAAUAACUGUUGCUACUCCCAUCGCCUACGCCGCGAUUCCUACCUCUGCCACCUAUAACGCUGCUCCUGUCGGUUACUCAUCUGCUGGAGCUGUGUCCUCCCAAAAUAUCGUGCGUCAAGACCAGCCUGCCCAACAAAUUACAAUUGCAGCCCCUGUUGCCUACCCCACCAGUACUACCUACAACGCUGCUCCUGCCCGUUACUCUUCUGCUUCUGCUGCUAUUUCAUCUCAAAGCAUCGUCCGUCAUGAACGACCUUCUCAGCAAAUAGCCGUUGCUGCCCCCGUAGCCUACCAAGCAGCUCCCACCGCUGUGACCUACAAUGCUGCUCCCGCUAGUUACUCUUCUGCCCCUACUGUGUCAACACAAAAUGUCGUCCGUCUGCCUGCCCAACAAAUAAACGUCGCUGCUCCCGUCGCAUACCAUGCAGCCCCUGUAAUCGUUCGGACUGAAGAAGUCAAUGCUCACCCUCAGUACGAGUACAACUACUCAGUAGCUGACGGGCAUACCGGUGACAACAAGUCCCAGCAGGAGUCCCGCGACGGCGACGUCGUGCGCGGCUCGUACUCCUUCCACGAGGCCGACGGCUCCGUCAGGACCGUGCAGUACUCCGCGGACGACCACAGCGGCUUCAACGCGGUGGUGCACAACUCGGCGCCCACAGCCGCGCCUGCGCACUCCGCGCCCGCUCACUACUACCACCACUGA